UUUAUGACAGGAAGUAUAUGCUGCCGUAUCUGGGGGGAACCAUAAUCUUUGUAUCUGGAUAGCAGCAACUUUGAUGACGGUCCAACAUGUGCAUGAAUACCACCUCUGAGUGCAGAGUGGACACUCUGCAAGGCAUGGGCUUUGCCUUCCUUUUCUUCCCGGGGAUCCUACUGCACAUCGCUGCUUUUUGCGCUUUCUCCAAGCUGGGCUCAUGGACAGACACCCACAUCUACAUGUUCAAUCUGGCCUUAGCCGACUCCAUCCUCAUCGUCUUCCUUCCCUUCAGGAUCUAUGAUGCCUUUAGAUGCAUACCCAAGAACCUCCUGUGCACGUUUCUUUUCAACUUGCAUUUCCUCAACAUGUACGCCAGCAUCCUGACCAUAACUGCCAUCAGUGUGCACAGGUACCUGGCCGUGAGGUUCCCAAUCCAUGCUAGAGUCUGGAGGAGGAAGAAGGAGACAGCAGGCGCUGUGUGCUUGAUCAUCUGGGGGUUACUGAUAACUGUAUGUGUUGUGUUCAGAGAGGAAAACAUGCCUGACAAACUCUGGACUUGUUAUGAAAGACGCAAGGAUGAACCUCUCCAUCUUGGCUUUAUGCUCCUGCUGCUUCUUGCAGGCUUCCUUCUUCCAUUGUUUAUAAUAGUGUUUUGUUCAAGUCAGAUUAUCUACACUUUGCUCAAACUUAAUGAUGAAACACAGGAGAGGAAAGGCAUUAUAGGAAUAGUGACAGCUAAUCUGGUUAUCUUUGUGUUGUGUUUUACUCCAAUAAAUGUGGGCUACAUAGUGAACUACCUGAAUGAGGUGCCUGAAGACUGGCAGUGCAAGUCCGUACUCGCACACCAAUACUUAAUGGUUUCUGAGUGGAUUGCUUCAACCAACUGCUGCUUUGAUUCCAUCAGCUAUUACUUUCUUCUCAAACAUUUUUAUUCUAAGCAGUGAUUUUUAUCUAAUUAUUAUUUGUAGAUUCCUUAAUAGAGAUAUUCAUAGUGUUCAGUAGUUUAAUUGUUCUUGUUGUUCAAAUUAUAAAAUAUUGUUUCUCACAAUGUGGCCCCUAUGUAUGUUUGGUGAGGAAAAUGUGAAAUGAAAUUUAAUGUAUUGAUGUUUUUUUUUUUUUUACUACAUCUGUCAUAAUUUGUUUUUAGAAGUACUGUGGCCAAGAGUCUAACCUUUAUUUGACCUUACUGCUCUCUGUGAGAUGUUCAAAGCAGACAGCAAAAGGCCAUACUCAUUUUUAACUCCCGUUCAAAGAGUGGUCUCGCCCGGUCUCAGACAGGCAUUCAGUGGCCAGUCAAUGCGCAGACCCCUGUGGGUGAUCUGAUCAAUCUGAGGCCAAAUGGAGCAGAGCCAGUGUGCAUCUCCCUCUAGUGGCGACCAUGUAGAUUUAUGCUUAUACUGCGGUAAUGCCUUAAGUAAAGGCUGAGAAAAUAGAAAUACUAUCAUAAUCUUUUUGGUUUCUUACAGUAAGAUAACAUAAAAUGUGCAAAUUCCCCUCUGCUAGUCACUAGCUGUUCACUGAGCAUCCAAUUAAACAUAACGUAUUGCCUCAAUGAUUUGCACUUGUGAUUGGUUUGAAGCUUCAGAGACAUUGAGUGUGUGUAUGUGCACAUUGUGUGUAUUCAUGUGUAUAGGAUACGCCUUCUUUUUUAGCAACAGGCAUGACAACAUCAGCAGUCAAUUAUAUAAUGCCAUUUAAUAGCAAUACUCCAAAGAUUUAUGAUUAUUAUAACAGCAGUAUCUUAGCAACUGUGAAUGACAGAAAAAAGGGAAAUUCGGCAGGCAUCACUGAAAUGAGAAGACUCAGUUCUGUCUGAGAUCUCUACACUAAGAACAGGGAAUAGCUGAGCUCAGCAGCCAGCCCGUAAAUAGUUUACAUACAUCUUAUUCACAGCCAAAUAAAAAUGCACAUCAGGACUAGAGUCCCUUCUGAGGAGAGCAACAGUGAGCCCUGAAAACCCAACAAUGACAUAUCUCCUAUUUACACUAUUUACACAUCAAACACAACAGCCUCAUUCCAAUGUAAAAAGAAAAAAAAUGGUUUUGUGCUUUUGCUUAUUACUGCACAGUAAAAUGACAAAAGUAAUAGUUACAUUCAUUCAAUUGAGAUGCUGAAAAAUUACUUUCAAGAUCCCCCAGUAUGGCAGUACAAUCACUGGAGUGGAAAAGUUGAUGUAUAAGACAUUAUGAUACACAGUGUUCCCUCACAGCAUUACAAUCAGUUUGAAGGUUUGCUCAAAAACACACACUUGUAAAUCAAAAUCAAUACAAACUUUAAAAGAAAUAUUUCAAGUUAGCAGUAAAUACAAUUACAUUUACAGUCUAUAAUGCAUCAAAGUAAUUAAUGAGCAAACCCUCAAAAAUGGCAUUCAGUGUCAUUGGCAUAAGGACAAUGGGAGCUGAGAUGAGACUUAACAGUACAAGCUGGCAUCAGGAAAUAACAGAAACAGCCCAAAGGCAUAUAUAAUCACUAAUACUGCAAGUGGUGAUAUGGGAAUUGCAGUCAGACCACAAUUCAAAUGGUUUAUGGCACUUAACUUCUUGAGGAAUCAGUCAACAGUCACCAAUUGUAAAUGAUUUUGGCACACAUAAGAGAGUAAUUAAUUAUCAAUGCUUGUUAGUGCUUAUAAGCAAAAUAAAUAAUUUGACAUUGACAAAAUAAUGUGGUAUUUGUUUGCAAGUUAAUGCCUGAUAUGAAUGUAUGCUUGCUCUAGGCUUACAUUAUCAGUUUAUCUAAUGUAAAGUGUAUAUACAGAAAACUAUAUAUUGCUCACUGUUAAUAUGAAGCUAGUGUUGCUGCUCCUUAUUCAUUGCCUAAUGUGGCUGCUUGGUCCAGUCUCUGUUUAUGACUCCCAUCUCCUCAGACUGUUGUGUUGAUCUAAACAUGCAGCAUUUCAUACAGCGCUGGACACUUUGAUGAGCUCAAUAUAUAGUCCCAUUUCUCUGCUGGGUACACUUGCAUUACCUUUAUUAGCUUUGUGUUGGCUUCAUCCUCUGACACCAUUCCUUUCUUAUCUGUGAGACCUUGACCCACAGUGCCUUACAGUGGAAUAAAUGAGACCAUGUUGCACACAUUUUAACAGUUUAUGAAUAAAUGUAUACACUUAUAGCCCCUCUGCAGCAUAUGACAAAGUGUUCAUAGUGCAUUGCAGUAAAUAUCCUUUUGUUCCACUUCUCUGUGUACAUGUCCAUGUGGAAUUACAAGUCUUUAAGAGUACAUGGAGUGGAAGGGAGAGAGUGACUGAGGCACACAAAAACAGAGAUGGACGUUUCAGAUGUACAGCAGCAGAAAAUCUGCUGACAUUUCAGAGCUGCAGUCAGCU